AUUUCGCAGCUCGCGACUCGCAGUCGUGAUCCGCGGUUCGUCGCGUUUGGGUUCGCGUCCGUGUUCCCCGCGUAUUAUACGGAUCCCGCUCGCGAUCUGUCGAAUAAAAAUCUAUCGAGUACCAAUCUGAUCUCGCGGUUGGAAUACGCGCGAGAAUCAAUCUGUCGUUCGAUUUUUAUUUCACGAUCGUGUCACAUUGUUGUCAGGUUAACUAUCGAUUGUCGCUGCUCCUCGAUCGCUGCGAGACAUUUUGUAUAUGAAAGAUAUGUUCGGUUAAUGAACGGGAAAGAAAAAUCGGGAAUUUGGAGGAGAAUCUUGACGAAGUUGCUGGAGGGCAAUAACGGAAGACACGAUGUUGGUAUAACGGUGACAUGGAGACGCUAUAUACUGGCGCGAUCCACGGUUUUCCGCAGCCCGGCGGCGGAAUAGCUAAUGGUGUUUCCACGGGAAUCGCAAGUUCCUUCGACCAGGAUGGCGUGCUUAGCCUUAUCGUCGUCCUCGGAGGAAGUCUGUCUCUGGUGGCUCUAGUGUUUGCGUUCAUCACCUAUAGCCUCUUCUCCGAUUUAAGAAGCUUGGCAGGCACGACCCUGAUGAAUCUUUUGGCAGCACUUUUCAUGGUUCAGUUAUUGUUCAUCGUAGGAGCUGGAGGAGUACAGGAUUCGGAGCUCUGCAUCUCGCUCGGUCUGAGCCUGCAGUAUCUUCGGGUAUCAGUGGUCUGCUGGUUGGUAGCGAUGUGCCAUCACCUCUACGCUACCGUGGCGUCGUUACCUCGUCGCGACGAUCCUCCAACGUACAUGAAGUACAGUCUGUUCGCCUGGGGCGCGCCGUUGAUCAGUCUCGCCUUAGCGAUUCUCCUACAGAGCCAAGAGAGCCACGAUUUUUGGAAUGUCGUUGAUCUCACUCCCUUCAACUGUUGGUUUUUGGGAUCCACAGCAACAGUUUAUGCAUAUGGUAUACCUGUUGUCCUGCUGCUUCUAAUUUCCGGUUACUACCUCAUUAAGGCUGCAAUCGUGUCAAGGUACACGUGCAGUAUGCAGCUGGAGAUAAAGCAGCGCGAGAAGAUGAAGAGGAGGCGAGCGUUGCAGCUGAUGCUCUUUCUGAAGGUCAGUUUGAUCGUGGGUUUGGUCGCCGGCUGCGGGGUGGCAUCCAGGGUUUGGAAAAUUCCCUUUCUAUGGGCGAUUUUCUGCACGGGUCAUUCCCUUCAGGGAUCGGCAGUAGCACUCUCUGUCGCGUGUAACUGCAGGGUCCUGAAAGUGUAUGCAAGGAAAUCACACAAGCAACCGGAACAUCAGAUUGCAAAAUCGAGCAGCAGCAUGCAGCUACUCGCACCUGCGCCUGAUCCGGUUUAGGCGAUCUUGCCGCUAUCCUCGGAAUGGAACGGACAGGAACGAAGAAGAGAACCGACGUGUGGCGACGGCUGCUGUCUCUGUGUCCGCGAGCCAUAACUAUUUUUACAUCGAAAAUGUGCUGAUAUUUCCUUUCUAACUUUGCCGUUUCUCUCUGCGACUGGAAUUUUCCUUCGUGACGUGCGAUUUCAGUUUCAACCUCGAUAGCUUCGCCCUUUCAGCACGAUAUCUUUUCAGUAUCUGAAAUAGGUGGAAAGCUUCCAGAAAACUGUAAUUUAUAAAAAUUGGAAGGAAGGUAGAAAAAAGACAAAAACUAUACUUUCAGUCAACAAUCUAUAACGCGCAUUGAUCGUUCAUAAUCAAUAUUAUAUAUUUCAAAUUAUUAUUUUUAAUAAUUUAUGACAAUCAUAAUAGAAUAUAAGUUUUAAAGCUUUAAAGUUUAAUAUAAUUCUCGCUAACCAUUACAUAUUACUUGAUUCGCUAUCAUCUCGGAGGCGAGAAUUCAAGUCCUCUUGCACACAUAAGCUGUCCUAAUCCACUUGUCGACUGUAAUUAUUAUUAAUUGCGUGCUACACGAAGCUUGCAAACAAUUCUAAUUUUGAUGAUUUAUUAUGUGAGAUCCAUUAGUUGAUGCGUCCAAGACUCGAUAAAUUUUCGAACAAUAAAUUAUAAGUAUUAUACUUAACGCAAGUUUUAAAAAAAUAAAGUACAAAACAGAAUAUAGAAUCAAACUUUUCGAGUAAAGGCAAAUUAAACUUCAUCUUUCUAAAGUUUUCAAAACGAUGUUAAAAAGUCGAAAGAUUAACUAUAGUUUAGCUAAAGCGGAUUGCUCUCCGGACGCGAAGUUAUUAAUUAUUUCUGUAUAUGUUUAGUUAUUGACUGGAAAGGAAACUUGAAUUUAAAUGGAUAUGAAUGAUUGACUUUUGCGAAUUGAAAAUUUAUCGAUUUGUCUUGUGUGAUGUGGAUGCGUCUUGUGUUUAAAUUAAAGAGACAUUAAUAACAAUUAAUCCUUCGUUUCGAUCUUACAUGCAUUUGGCAAGAUCAGGCGGCUGAUCUUCGAGACUCAAAUCGCACGUAUCUGAUCGUAAUCCCAAUCGCAUUUUGCAAUUCGAUUACGACAUAUGACGCUGCGCUGUUACAACGCGACGAACGAGAGACAAUUCGAUACAGUUUCGAUGUGACGGAUAAUUUUGCGCUUUAGCAAGAAAUACGAGCGGUGAGAAAUACGCGACACGUAAUAUGUUGCAACCACCCCUAAUGUGAUAUGCAUAUCGUGUUAAAUACGCUAUAACUGUAUAUAUAAUUCUGUAUGUGACGAGUAACCACUUCGAGUCGCCACUUUAAUUAUUUCCAGUGUACAGUACCGCUCGGAAAGCUUCGACUUGUGAUCCAGACAUAUAAUUAAUAUGCAAUCAUAUAAUUCUAUUAUUG